UCCGCACUCCCGGUCGCCGGUGGCGCAGCCCGCGUAGCUGCGAGGCGCCGGCGGAGGCGGCUUGACCGCACUAGGCACCUCCGGGCAUCCGGCUCAGAGAGCGGCGCAGCGGCAGCUUUCCAGCUGGCCAUGGCGAGGGGUGCACGGCUACCACCUGAGUGGCGCAGCGGUGUCAGGUUCUUAAUCAAGCACCAACUCCAUGGAUCCAGGACAGGUUUGCCCCAUGGCCCAUUCUGAACAGUGUGCUGUCUGAGACAAGAUUCCAUUGGCAAACCAUCUAUUGCCUUACCGAGCAAGCAAAGAAGAUGGAUCUAUUGAAGAGCCAUCUGACUUUGUGCUUUCUACCUUCUGUGCCCUUUUUAAUCCUCAUGUCCACUCUAGCAACUGCUGAGAGUGUGACUAACAGCACUUUAAAUGGCACUGACGUGGUCUUGGGCUCUGUGCCCGUAAUCAUCACCAGAACCGACCAUAUCAUAGUCAAGGAAGGGAACAGUGCCUUGAUUAAUUGUAGUGUUUAUGGCAACCCUGAACUGCAAUUUAAGUGGUAUAACUCCAUUGGCAAGCUGCUGAAAGAAGAAGAGGAUGAGAAGGAGAAAGGAGGAGGAAAGUGGCAGAUGCUCAGUGGCGGCCUCCUGAACAUCACCAAGGUGUCCUUCUCAGACCGCGGAAAAUACACGUGUGUGGCUUCUAACAUCUACGGCACUGUGAACAACACGGUGACCCUGAGAGUCAUCUUUACCUCUGGAGACAUGGGCGUCUACUACAUGGUUGUGUGCCUCGUGGCCUUCACCAUCGUCAUGAUCCUCAACAUCACCCGCCUGUGCAUGAUGAGCAGCCACCUGAAGAAGACGGAGAAAGCCAUCAACGAGUUCUUUAGGACAGAAGGUGCAGAGAAGCUGCAAAAGGCAUUUGAGAUCGCCAAGCGGAUCCCCAUCAUCACCUCAGCCAAAACCCUAGAGCUUGCCAAAGUCACCCAGUUCAAAACCAUGGAGUUCGCCCGUUACAUCGAAGAGCUCGCCAGGAGUGUGCCUCUGCCUCCUCUCAUCAUGAACUGCAGGACCAUCAUGGAGGAAAUCAUGGAAGUGGUUGGGCUGGAGGAGCAGGGACAGAAUUUUGUAAGGCACACACCAGAAGGCCAGGAGGCCACCGACAGGGAUGAGGUGUACACGAUCCCCAACUCUCUGAAGCGGAGUGACUCUCCCACUGCUGACUCGGACACCUCCUCGCUGCACGAACAGCCUCAGCAGAUUGCCAUCAAGGUGUCUGUUCACCCCCAGUCCAAAAAGGAUCACGUGGACGACCAAGAGGGGGUGCAGUUUGAGGUCAGAGAUGAAGAGGAGACAGAACCCUCAGCCGAGCGUUCCCCGGAGACUGCAGAGCCUUCUACAGAUAUAACAUCCACCGAGCUCACAUCCGAAGAGCCGACACCCGUGGAGGUGUCAGACCGAGACCUGCCACCAGCUCACCUGGAAGUAACAGAGCCAGCAGUGACACGUGACAAAAACACCUGCAUUAUUUAUGAAAGCCAUGUCUAAUAGCAACUCCGAAAAGCUAUGCAUAUCGAGAAAAUCAGGGGCUGCUCCUUGUAACACAGAUGUAGUAAGCACUUGCCGCUAAGCCUUACCAGGAGACUCAUCCCUGUAGGUAGGAGUGAGACGAUUGGAAAAGGGGAAACAGCUGCGCACAGGUUACGUGACUGGAACCUCCUCCGUAGAAAGGAUGCGAGGAAGAUCAGGGUGCAGAAUUGAUAGUGUCACACAGAAGGUAUCCGUCCUUGUGAUAUGAAUUUUAGAAUUGGCCAUUUUCUGCCAAACCCCUUAAUUGGUGAUGCCCUUCUGGCAAAGAGUACACUACUGUUAAGAUAUUCCUGAGUUCAAGAGCUCUGUCCAAUGCAUCAGCAUUGCUUUUCCUUUUAAAAAUUAUAGGUCUGCUACAAUAGCAAACGCACGUACAUGGGUUUGUUGCACUUUCUUCUCAGUUUUAUUUAUGUUCACUUUAUAACAGAGUAGUUGAUAUUAUAUUAAUACUAAUUGCUCUUUCUGAUGGAGUCCUCUUUAUCACCUUCAUUUUUAUUUUUCUCCGGAAAGGUUUACCUCAGAGGCUUUGGUAUCAGUCACCCAUUCCAGGACUGAUAUCUACAAGUCAUUUGUAAUGUUCCAGAGUAGUUGCUAGGAUCAUUUUUUUUUUCAUUCCCCAGGUCUGUUUUCAUACUUUGCUUUUGUUUGUUUGUUUCCAAUGAAGCUGCUCUAAUGAAACUGAGAAAUACUUUGCCCCAGAAUCGCACUUUAAUAGUCAAAUAAAAAAUGUGUUUACCUGUCCAAUUCUGAGAGCCUUUUGGGGAACUCAACCGAGGUGUGGAGGGAGAUUGUAAAAGGUUAAAUAUACCCACUCUGCUCAUGAAAACUAUUUACACUGAAGUAACAUCAUCCUCCAAACCAAGACUGGUUCUUUACCUGGAAAAUUUAUCGCUUCCAAAGACAGAGGCAUUUCAUGAAUUCCUGUAGGUCAUAGGGUCUUGGCAUCUCAGAAGGGUUUGCAGGACCACGCACUGUCAGUCAACUAAAACACUUGACUUAAGGCAACAAAUACAAGGAUCUGUGAAGUGCAUAACCAGGGCCAUUUGUGUAAACGACCUACUGACUUGCUGGUUCUUGAAAGGGAGAGUGAAUGACUAGGGUGAUGGCAAAGAGAACCAUGCCAUCAAGUUUUAUGCCAAAAUUAUUGAAUUAUUAAUCCCACACGGCAGCGUGAUGUUAUGGAAAGAAGAUAAAACUAGUCAUCCAGAGGCUUAUUAUUUCCCUGACUGUGCCAAUAACUGGCUGCCUGGCAUGGGGCAAGUCUGGGCCUCACUCUCCCUGUCUGUAAGAGGGGGCAGACUAGAUGAGCUCCGAACACCACCACUCUCUCAGAGACCAAUAUUAACAUCUUCAGUCUUUUUCACAAUUACUCUAAAGAUUUUUUUGCUUUCAUCCCUGGGUUCUCCAAAUAUUUUUAUGCUGCAUUACUUAAAUAAAGAGAAUUAGUUUUUGAAAAACCAUAGCAUUUUAAACAAAUUGUGGAAUCUCUCCUCCCCCACCCUACCCCCCCAAAAAUCAUUAGGACCACUUCUAUAAUUUAGAUUCAGUCUUAGGAUGAGUGGUAUUUUACUACAUCUUCAUGUAAAGCAAAGGAGUGAGUCAUGGCCGUAUCAAGUGUGAUGAGCAUCUGGGGCUGUGAAGUCAGAGGUUAAAUGGGCCACAGUGAGAGAGCAGACCCACAUAGUCUUCACUCUAACCAUCUGGGGAAGUGAUCUUGGAAAGGUCCCUUCUUCCUGGGUUUAAUCUUUUUUCAUCUGUAAAACAUGCAGGCAGUAUUCAGUGGUCCAUUACAUCCCUAAGUUCAAAUAGAGUUUUAUGGAAAUGUUUUCAAUCCUCAGUAAUCCCCAUGGCACAAGAAAAGAACAAAUGGGAGCAAAAAUGGGUACACGAGACUGGAUGCUCCUGUGAUCCAUACUUCACCUUAAAGGUGUCUGGCUCUGUAACUGAGGUCAGUGGGCAUGGCUUUAGGAGAGGUCUGGAUGAUGAGUCUAUUUAUAGGUAACUGAUAUGGAAGGUGAUCUGGCAAGGCACGGUUUGACCAGACAUCCCUUUAAAGAUCACCUAGUUGGAAGCAUCUUGUGGUGGGAGUGGGGGUUCACCUAAAGAAAUUAGUAGUGAGCAAUCAAAAGACCAUCAUUCCUGUUUGGGCUCUCUGGAUUAUGGUUGGGUUUUGUUCUUGUUUUUGUUUUGUUUUGUUUUGCCGAUUUUUAAAAAUUUUUUCUUUUUAGACAUACAAAGACAGUAGAGUAUAUUUUGACAUACAUACGUGGGGUAUAAUUUAUUCUAAUUAGGAUCCUAUUCUUUGGUUGUACAUGAUGUGGAGUUUCACUACUGGUGUAUUUAUAUGUGGACAUAGGAAAGUUAUGUCGGAUUCAUUCCACUCUCUUUCCUAUUCCCAUCCCUGGGUUAUGGUUUUGUUUUUAAUUUGCAGGUAAGUUUUUUGUCUCCCCCUCUUAGAAUAUAAAGGUUUCCAACUGUUGUGGAGAUUAACAAACUCUUACCUUCAAAUUAUUAGCCCAAAAUAGCAACAGAGCCUAGGAAACUCAUCUGUGAUGUCAGGUGAACUUGUCCCCAUUCUCUCCAGUUCUCAUUCCACCAAACCCCAUGCUGAUUUCCACAAGAAAACCACAGAAGGCAUCCAUUCCAUGUAGAUAUUGAUUAGGGAUAAUAAUCUGGGCAGCUUUUUUUAUGAAACAAGAGCUGAAAUGUGUGACCAAAGAAUGUUUCUCGAAUAGUCUGGUCUCUCUUCUUUGGACUGGUAGGGCAGGAAUGAUAUAGAUUUUCAAAACUCCUUCUUUAAGGCAUCAAAAUGCUCUUGAUAUAACAGCCAACUUACAGGGAGCUUGGCUGAUAAUGAAAAUUUCUCCUUCCAGAAAUCCUACACGGUUCCUCUCCAUCCUACAGCAUUCAUGAAAUGAGAGAGGCCCUUAUGCUAGAAUAUGAAAUGUAGACCUCAUGACUUUUCAAAAAUAAAGUGAACUGUCAAGCUUCUUAGGAAUUCUUAGAAGUGUGGCUGAAUUAUUGUACAGACACACACUCAUACACUGGACUUAUUUGAGCAGUUUUAAAAUUUCCAAUGCUAAAUCCCAAGCCAUGUCCUCUGGGUCUUAUGUAGUCAUUCUUAAAACCAAACAAAUUCUGGUUUCUGAGUCCUCUUGGUCAUAUCUCUAGCAAUUUUUUUCUUGAACUUCUAAAAAUGAUUCACAUAUGUGUGCAUACUUAAUUCACUUAGAUGAUCUAUAAACUUGGAUGGUAUUUAUUCUAAAUGGGAACAAAACAGAAUUUUAUAUGGGAAAUCUAUGUAAUUUAUAAUGGUUUUCUUUUAUAUAUUAUAUUUUCAUAUAUUUAGGGCACAUCUACUGCUAUUCUCAUCUUUUUGUACAUCAUACUUGACAAAAAUAAAUACUUAUACUUGACUAAAAUCUCUAGGAACCAAAUGUGAUGUAUGUAAUAUAUAACAUAAAGGAAUAAUUCUAAAAUUGCCUGAGUGUUCUCACCCACCACAUUGUCGUGCCAUGUCAUUAUAGCCAUCUCGUUGGGGAUGCUUGUAAGCCUUUCUACAACUAAGGCUGAAAGGCCCAACAUCCUACACAAUGGAUUCUGGGAUUCCCUUCCCUCGUCUUUUUAAUUGUUUGUCUCAUUUUCAAUUGCACAAGUCUGAGUGUUUCAACUUCCUUUGGAAGGGUACAUGUGAGAUUACAAAAAAGCAACUUGACAGGUAGACUGAGUGCAUUGGAUCAUGGCUAUGUAAAUUGUUUUAAUAGAUAGCAUGUUUUAAAUCUAAUGCUUGGGUUGUUAUUCACCAGUGAUCUAGGAUCUGCUCAGCUCUGUAGCAUGUGAAGAAAAUGUCAGGCACAGAGAACACCUGCAUGUUUUGAACAGGGACACUGACCAAUGCAAUGCAGCCAACACAAACCACCUUGACUAUAGAAAUACCAGCCCCCGCUGCUGGAAGAAAUAUUUUAGGAAGGCAAAUCAGUCACCUUUCAGCAUUUAAAAUAUGGUGUAUCAGUGCUAAAACGUAAAUAGCAAUCCCUCUGCUUCUGUUAACUGGAGAUUUCCUUUCAGUGUUUUCAAUUGGUAAGAAAUGGAGCAUUAAAUUAUAUUUCAGAUACUGUUUUUUUUUUUUCUCAGCACAGUUCAGCUACUAUCCUUUACCUAUUUUCACCUAUUCCUUUGGCAUUCCCCAAAGUAAUUCCUAUUUCUAGUCUUGCUUUUUAAGCUAACUUUAAAUAUCUACCAAACCUCAUUGUAUAUUCACCCAUAUAUUUUGAGCACCUGUUAUCUUCAAGAUAUUGGUCACUUCUACAUUCACCUAUUCAUUAAAAAAGAAACCCUCAACAUAGAUAGCAAAGUUAAUCUUCCUAAUGACAUUUUUAUAAUUAUGUUCAGUGAUGAGCAGGUUUGGAUUAAACAGAUCAAUUGUGGGGGAAAAUAAUCAAAUAGAACAGAAUUGCUUAUUAUAUUUCCCAAAGAACUCAGUGUUUACCUGUUAUACAAGAAAAUAUGUGAGGAUGAUGACACUCUUUAAAUGACUGUUUUUUAAGAGGUGGAAUUUAUUAAGGGGCUAAUGCUAAGAAUCUUACAAUCAAAAUGAAAGCUAUUAAAGGAAAUGUAAAAAUAGAAGUAGUUCUAAGACUAUUCUGGCAUAAAUUAUUUUCAUUUGACCAGUGAUAAAAGCCUCCCAAUGUAACUUUCCAGCACCAUGUAACAGCUAAUAAUGUUAUGAUCAAAGAAGACACUUUCACCUAUGUUUGGGUUGCUGUAUUUCAGUAGUUCUGAAUGUCCUUUGUUAAAUUGGAAAAUAAGAUGAAAAAUGCGGGCGGAAAUGUCAAUCUGAUGAUUUUGUGAACUGUAAAAUGUUCACUUUUAAAAAUAUAUUAAGGAUGUAAACAAAUGACUAAUAUAAGUUGUCAUUACUGUAGCAAAAAAAAAAAGAUCUAUCUUGUAUCUUGAUUGUUGCUUUAAUAAAGGGUUUGCGCAGGUGUGUGGAA